AUGUCUUUCAUUGACCGUUUGUUUCCCCCGGGAGAGCUCGAGGCUCUUGGUAACAUGUGGUCCGAGCCAGCCACCAAGAGAAGAAAGCUUGGCUUGGAUACUGGUCAAGGGCAAAGUCGAGUUCAAGUACCUCCACGAAGACAGAACAGUGAAUCUGCUCUAGGCCAGAAUAAAAGACGCCAUCGGUUUUCCACGUCGUCAUUGCGAUAUGACACGAUCACCGCCGUUUCCAGCCUCAACGAUGUCGAGAGAUCCCACUCUGAGUCCAAACCGUCGACGACUCCAGGUGCGCAGACGGUGCACACGACCACCCAAUCCAGGACAACAAACAAAUCCUGCCUUCCAAGCUUCAUCGAGCCCACUAUUCUAAAGAACUACCUGAAACACAUCCAUCCAAAUGAUCGUUCCCGUUACUCGCUUCCCAACAGUCCCAACCCCGACAGUCAACUCCGACAACCUGUCCGGGCGACGACUAGUCAUCAAGAGAUCGAAGACAACGCAUCCUCCCCCGGCUCUCUCACCGCCGACAACUCCUCUCCUUCCUCCUCAGAGGAGAGUUGCCCCACUCCUGCACCCGGCAUCUACGAACAACUCCGGUCCGGACCCUGGUCGCACCUAUUGGAAGGCAUGCGCAUCACCGACCAUGAACGCGACAUGAUGGAAGACCUCCUCAGCCCAGGAUCAUCGAGCGACUUUGUGGAAAAAGAGACUUCCAGCGCGAAACCAAUUGUCAAAGCAGGAGAAAUUUCCGAUGCCGAUGAGACGGCUGCAGAAGACUUUUACGCCAUCGACGAAGGACUAUUGGAGAAGAUGUUCCCUUCCUCUGCCGCUCCCCCCUUCGGUGAUCGAAUCCCUUCCCAUUUCAACUUCGGCGGGUACGAAUACUACCCGCGUGGCUUGCCGACCAAGAGCAUCACAGACCGGGAAGCCGCAGAGGAUGUGCAUUCGUCCGGCCUGUCUCCGGCUCCGAACGAAGACGAGGAAGAGGAGACAAACCACAAGACUCCAGGUGGAAUCGUGAUUUAUGACUACAGCGACUUGAGUGUUGAUGACUUUUUUGACCUCGACGAAGCAUCAUCUGCUUCGGCGCUGAAUGUGGCAUGA